UCUGAAGCCGCAGUGAGGGCAACUGGCAGCCAGUGGAGAACAGGCAGGCCAGUCAUUCCCAUCGCCGCGCCAGGGCUGCCGCCUGCUCUUCUUCUCGGAAGGCCUGGACCGUGAAGGAGCGAGAGACCCCCCCCCGACUUUGUCAUUUUGGAGCUGGGGUGUCAUUUAUUGCUUGUUGGGGUUGGGACCGGAAGCGGGGGGCGGGUGGGAUGUAGCCACAGAGGGUCCUGGCAGUGCAGAAAGGAUUGGAGUAAGCCUAGUCCUGGGAGGAGGAUUUGGGGAGAUCCAGGGGGGAAAAGGGGUGAGCCUGGUAUGGGAUCCUGGGGUGCAGUGGGGUCCCUUAGGUGCAGAUCUGUAGCUGGCUCUGUCCUGGAGUUUCCUCCAUCUCCUCUGUCCUUUGCAUGGUCUUGGGGGUCUUCUCUGGUGCUGCCCAAGUUCCCUUUGGGUGGGCCCAGUGGCCCACUCCUAUAGUUCUGCCUAGGAGGGAGAGCAUGUCUGAACAAAAGAAGCCCCUGCUGGCCUUCCUGGGCAAACUGCCCAGCCAGAUCCCACUGGGAGAUGUGGUGGCCAAGACCCACUGUCCUCUGUGCAUGGGGCUUUUCAAAGCCCCCAGGCUCUUGCCUUGCUUGCAUACCGUUUGCACCCAGUGCCUGGAGGAGCUGGAACCUUUCUCAGUCCUGGACUUCCGAAAAAGAGAUUUUGAUUCGGCUUCAGAGGAGUCUCUAUGCCAGGACUUGAAGCCCCUCAGUCUGCCACAACAGCAGCAGCAGCAGCAGCAACAGCAAAUGGGUAUCCUCUGCCCGGUAUGUGACACCCAGGUGGACCUGCCCACAGGUGGUGUGAAGGCUUUGACUAUAGACCACCUGGCCAUGAACGAUGUGAUGCUGCAGAGUCUGCGCGGGGAAGGCCAGGGCUUGGUGUGUGACCUGUGCAGCGACAGGGAAGUGGAGAAGAGAUGUCAUACCUGCAAAGCCAAUCUCUGUCACUUCUGCUGCCAGGCGCAUAGGCGUCAGAAGAAGACAACUCUCCAUACCAUGGUAGACCUCAAAGACUUGAAAGACUACAGCCGAGUUGGGAAGCCCAUUCUGUGUCCUGUUCACCCUGCUGAGGAGCUGAGGCUAUUCUGUGAGCUCUGCGACAGGCCUGUGUGCCGGGACUGUGUGGUGGGGGAGCACCGGGAACACCCCUACGACUUCACCAGCAACGUCAUCCACAAGCAUGGGGAGUCUGUACGGGACCUCCUCAAAGGCACCCACCCUCAUGUAGACGCCCUGGAAGAAGCACUUGCACAGAUCAAAGGGUCCAGUCGAGCUCUCCAGGAUCGAGUGGAUGCCGUGGCAGCUGAUAUUCGUACUUUCUCGGAGGGGUACAUCAGAGCUAUUGGGGAGCACCGAGACAGGCUUCUGAAGCAGCUGGAAGACAUUCAUAGUCAGAAAGAAAACUCCCUGCAGCUGCAGAAGGCACAGCUGGAGCAGCUGUUGGCAGACAUGCGGACUGGUGUGGAGUUCACGGAACAUCUGCUGGCCAGUGGCUCUGACCUGGAGAUCCUCGUCACCAAAGGGGUUGUGGUAGAGCGACUCACAAAACUGAACCAAGUUGAAUAUAGCGCACAGCCUGGAGUGAACGAUAAGAUCAGCUUCGUUCCAGAGGAGAAAGCAGGCCGGUGCCAUGGCUAUGAAAUGUAUGGGAUCAUCAACACCAAGGAGGUGGACCCAGCCAAGUGUGUCAUUAUAGGCGAAGAUCUCCACAGAGCCCGGGAAAAGCAGGCAGCCUCUUUCACACUGCUUUGUAAGGAUACAGCAGGAGAGAACAUGGUCAGGGGCGGAGACAAUGUUCAAGUCACAGUCACCCCUAAAGAUAAGGCAGACAGCUCCAGUCCGGUCAGAACAGUGGUUCAAGAUAAAAAAGAUGGGACAUACUAUAUUUCCUAUAUCCCCACGGAGGCUGGUUUAUAUUCUGUGAUGGUCCAGGUCAAAGAUCAACACGUGCAGGGCUCGCCAUUCACGGUGAAUGUCAAGAAGCAGCGCACACACCCCGGAGUGUUUCACUGCUGCUCUUUCUGCUCCAGUGGAGGCCAGAAAAAUGCCCGCUGUGCCUGUGGGGGCACUAUGCCAGGUGGGUACUUAGGUUGCGGCCAUGGACACAGAGGCCACCCAGGUCGUCCCCACUGGUCAUGCUGUGGGAAGUUUAAUGAGAAGGCUGAGUGUACAUGGACGGAUGGGCAAAGCCUGUCAAGAAGCGUCCUGAGGACAGUGGCCCUCUGACUCUUUCCUCCGUUCUGCAGUCAGUGCGUUAGAGCUGCGGCCAGUAUGAUGUGAGCCUACCAGAGGACACCAACCCUUCCUAAAUCCUGAAGAAACAGAAUUAAAAACAAAGUGCCUUCUACACUCUCGAGCUCAGGUGCCCCUCUUGUGAGUCACACGGAUUGUACGUGGGGUUAAGCACUGAGCUUGGCCAUAUUGAUAGUGGUGGGAAAGUUCUCCUUCUACUGAGUAAUGCUCUCUGUUUGCCACAGAGAUGGAGGGAACUAUGCCACUGGAACUUAGAGAUCAAAGGGGUAGUUUAAUCUCUUGCUUUUUGGUAUAUAACUCCCCACUCUCCCGAGUUACCUUGCUAUUUAUCUAUUCCCAAAGAGAAAAAAGCUUUUUCCCAUCACCAUUUUAUUUUUCCUAGUACACGUUAUGGUUUGGUUCAGGAUAUGAAAGUGAUAAAAUAAAAGAGUUUUGAAA